AUGGCGUCGCCUGAGUCCUCGCUGCGCCGGCGAGGCGGAGGCUCCGUCUCCGAACCAUCGGGGCACGCCAAAGCUGAAUCGGACGGCUUUGGCUCCUUUGUCGAUUCUUCGUCCGCCUUCCCCUCUGACUUCGACCAGGAGCUUUCCGAGCCUCUCGAUGGUCGAGCGUCAUCCUCAGCUGUUCAAGUUGGCUCGCCGACCAACAGCCGUGCUGGCCCAUCCUCAUUGCCUCCACAUCGCAUCGACGACGAAGACGCCGAGGACUGGACAGAAGCAGACAUGGUCGCCGGCUUCUCGCCCGCAGAGUACCACUUCGCAAGCUCGGAUGCCACGACAGUAGCCGCAGCGCAAGCGGCUCAGCCGACGUCGACGAGCCCGUCAACGGUCAGCAGGCCCAUGGCGGGCCGCAAAGUCAGCGGAACGGGCGCCUCAUCGGAAUGGGCAGAUUGGAGCUCCUUCUUGGCCGCACACACUCUCCCGACUCAGCAGCAGCAACCAUCAUCUUCGUCAAAAGCGCCAACAGGUCAGGCGCUCAACCCUGCAGAUGACGCCUUCUUCGACGCCUUCGAGGUCGCCACCAACCCAAACCGUGGUCCAUCUCCGCCUGUCAUCGACCUUCGCGGCGUGGAGAAAAGGCUCGAGCAAAGGAAACAGCAACAGCAGCAGAAGGAUGCUUCUGACACUGCCAACGACGACUUCUUCUCCCGCUUUGAGCGAGCGCCCCAGGCCGCCUUGGGCAAGUCAAGCCCGCUGGUCCUCGAGCCAGAUCAGCUCGAAAGCAUGCACGACGCACGCAUCAGUCCCAUGCCUAGGUCCCCAUCUAAGCGCAACGACUCGUAUUUCGGCCUGACGGCUCCGAAGCCCAUCAGCAGCAACAAUGCAACAGACCCGCAGUCUAGGUCAGCAGAACAGAAACGAGAAUCUGGCUCGAGCUCCUUCUCGCCUGCUUCACCGUCCAGCUGGACGGGUAGUAUCCGAAAGACAUGGACGACACUGCGAGGUAUUCAGAGCGAGAUCGCGAGUCACUUGCCCAGCGCUAGUGACUUCAUCGUGCCGGAGGAUGAAGCCGAGCAGGGCGGCAGUUCCUCCAAGCAUGGCGCAGCGGACUCGAACCCAGGUGGUGGGCUGAUCAUCGCUAGCGACGCCCCUGAACAGCCAGGCGACAGUCAGAAUCGCGCAGGCGUCCGCAGACGCAGCUCAGGCUCAAAUCGACGAGGGACCCUGCCACAUGCAUGGGACUACAGCCAAGAAACACCCUUCGGAUCCUCUUCUGGCGCAACAUCGUCCGGCUUCUCCGCCGGUGCAGCAGCGCCAUCCUCCGGCUCGUCGAGCACAGCGCCGCUCCGCGCCAGGGACCUGUUCGCCCCUGCUGCCGGCAGUGCAUCCACUUCGUCCGCGAGUUCGAGUGGCACUCUCCGUCGUGCACCAAUUCAUUCCUCGACUGCUCCCAUCUCAGGUGCCCCCGGCUUUGACACGACUUCGACGCGCAAAUGGAACACGGGCCAGUGGACGCUCGACGAAAAAGAAAAGCGUGCGAUUCCGGUCACCCUCUCCAACCGGCGCGACGAGACAGAAUCGGUCAUUGAGCCGUUCCACGCCUCGCGCCUGCAAGCGCUGCUCCCACCGCGCCUGCAGCUGGGUAAGCGAUGGAGUCUGCUCUACUCGCUCGACCAGCACGGCAUCUCUCUCCAGACACUCUACCAUCGUGUCUCCUCCGGACUUGACCCAACCAAGAUCAAGCGCUCCGUAUCCGACACGGUCACAGGCAACACCGACACCGACGAGGCAGCUGAAGGCUGGUUGCGCGGAGCCUCGCGCGAGACCCAACAGGCCAUGGGCACCCGCUCUUCGCGGAUGCACGUCGGCGGCGGUCUCAGCAGCAUCUCCGACGCAGGCCUCAUCAUCGCCCUCAAGGACGAGGGCGAUAACGUCUUUGGUGCGUUCGUCAACGAAAAGCUGCGACCGCAGCAGCACUACUAUGGGUCCGGCGAGUGUUUUCUCUGGAAAACGACUGUGGGGAAGGGAGGUGAAGAGGGAGGGGUGGAGCAGUACAAGUGGACGGGGAGGAACGAUUAUAUGGUUCUGUCCGAGUCGACGUUCCUCAGUGUCGGGGGUGGGGAGGGAAAGUUUGGGUUGUGGGUGGAUGGGAACUUGGAGAAGGGGGUCAGCUCGUGUUGCCCGGCGUUUGAUAAUGAGAUUCUGUGUGAUGGGAAGGCGAGGGGCGAGGGGAGGAAGGAGGGCGAGGGAAGGUUCGAGUGCUAUGGACUGGAGGUUUGGGCUGUGGGCAUUGACUAG